AAACCCACACAGAACCCGAACGAACAGCAAGAACUUCUUCAAACCCAUUUCCUUCUUCUUUUUCGUCGUCGUCGUCGUCUUCUUCUGCCGUGUGACGAUUUUUCCACUUUCUUCAACCCACAAGGAUUACCGAUCAACACCUUAAUAACUCUCAUUGAUCGCUCGAUUCGGAGAAACUGGAAGAUAUCAUAUUUUUUUCUUAAUAAUUUCGGUGUGAUUACCAAGUCAUCACGAUGUCGAUGUCUGAUUCCGAUACGUCGUCUCAGGGCAGCGAGUACAAGAAUUUCCGCCAAAUUAGCCGAGACAGAUUAUUGUAUGAAAUGCUUCGAUCAGCCAAAACAGGUGACUCAAAAUCAAGUUGGAAGGUUCUCAUCAUGGACAAGGUAACGGUUAAAGUAAUGUCAUAUGCGUGCAAGAUGGCAGAUAUCACAGAGGAAGGAGUUUCAUUGGUGGAAGACAUACAUAAACGAAGGCAACCGCUGCCCACUAUGGAUGCUAUAUAUUUCAUCCAGCCAACAAAAGAGAACAUUGUUAUCUUCCUUUCCGAUAUGUCUGGAAGAUCUCCAUUGUACAGAAAGGCAUUUGUGUUCUUUAGCUCACCCGUUGCACGAGACCUUGUUAGUCAUAUCAAGAAAGAUGGAAGCGUUCUCUCUCGUAUUGGCGCCUUAAGAGAGAUGAACUUGGAGUAUUUUGCAAUUGAUAGUCAGGGUUUUGUGACUGAUAAUGAAAGAGCCCUUGAAGAACUCUUUGGAGAUGAAGAAGGCUCAAGCAAAGGUGAUGCUUGUUUGAAUGUGAUGGCCAACCGCAUAGCUACAGUGUUUGCAUCUUUGAGGGAAUUUCCAUUUGUACGCUACCGAGCUGCCAAAUCCCUUGAUCCUACUACAAUGACGACAUUCCGUGAUCUAAUACCCACCAAGCUUGCUGCUUCUGUUUGGAACUCUCUUAUGAAAUAUAAAACCAACCUCCCUAACUUCCCCCAGUCAGAGACAUGCGAGCUUCUUAUUCUAGAUAGAUCAAUAGACCAGAUUGCUCCAAUUAUACAUGAAUGGACAUAUGAUGCCAUGUGCCAUGACUUACUAAAUAUGGAAGGGAAUAAAUAUGUCCAUGAGGUUCCAAACAAAAUUGGUGGAGUUGAGAAGAAGGAGGUUCUUUUGGAGGAUCAUGACCCUAUUUGGCUUGAGCUCCGCCAUGCACAUAUAGCUGAUGCCAGUGUACGGUUGCAUGACAAGAUGACGAACUUUGUGUCAAAAAAUAAAGCUGCAAAAAUCCACGGUUCAAGAGAGGGUGGGGAAUUGUCAACUCGGGACUUGCAAAAGAUGGUUCAAGCUCUGCCUCAAUACAGUGAACAAAUUGAGAAGCUCUCCCUUCAUGUUGAUAUUGCUGGGAAAAUUAACAGAAUUAUCAGGGACUUGGGGCUUAAAGAAGUUGGGCAGCUGGAACAAGAUCUUGUUUUUGGAGAUGCAGGAACCAAAGAUCUUAUCAAUUUUCUCAGAUUGAAAGAGGAUGUAUCUCGUGAGAAUAAAUUGCGAUUAUUGAUGAUUUAUGCAGCUAUAUAUCCUGAGAAGUUCGAGGAUGAUAAAAUCUCAAAAUUAAUGGAGUUGGCUAGACUCCCACCAGAAGACAGGACUGCUGUUUAUAAUAUGAAACUUCUAGAAGCAUUAUCCGAUGCCAAAAAGAGCUCAAUUGUGCCAUUUUCUCUCAAGUUUGAUGUGCACAAGAAAAAGCACGCUGCUCGAAAAGAUAGGCCUGGUGAAGAAGUGACAUGGCAAUUAUCUCGUUUUUACCCCAUAAUAGAGGAGCUAAUUGAAAAACUUAGUAAAGGUGAACUGCCGAAGAAUGACUAUCCAUGUAUGAAUGAACCCAGUCCAACUUAUCAUGGAAAGUCUCAUUCAGCUUCUGUAAGUAUGGCUCAUGAUGCACCCGCUCCACAUUCAAUGCGACAAAGACGAGCAACAUGGGCUCGCCCUCGAAAUUCUGAUGAUGGCUACUCAAGUGAUUCAAUUCUAAGGCACGCAUCCAGCGAUUUCAAGAAGAUGGGUCAGAGGAUUUUUGUGUUUAUUGUUGGUGGAGCAACACGAUCCGAGCUAAGAGUUUGCCAUAAAUUAUCAACAAAGUUGAAUCGAGAAAUUGUUCUCGGCUCAUCAAGUCUGGAUGAUCCCCCACAGUUUAUCACGAAGUUGAAGAUGAUCACUGCAAAUGAAUUAUCCCUGGACGAUCUUCAGAUCUAGAUGCCCCUAUUACUGUUGAAGCUGGGUAUGCAAUUUUACAGCGACUGGCUUUCAGAGCAGAGUCGCGAAUCCAUAGAACAUAAUGGAAUGUUAAUACUUCCCACUUUUUUUUUUUCAUGCUUCUUCCAUAUAUCGAACUUCCCAUGCCCCUGCCCCUGCCCCUGCCCAGUAAAAUGCGGCAGUCAGUCACUUUGUUGUAAUUUAUCCGGCUGAGGGUUGUCGAGCAAUCCACAGUUUGUAUGUAGCCUCUUCUUCUUCCUUUUUUUCUUUUUAUUUUAUUUUUUUCGUAUAUUUCUGAAGUCCAUUGCAGGUUACGAUUCACUUUGUAACGGUGUCUGCCUUCGCCUUCGAUUCUGGCCCCUUGUUUCAGUUCUCAUGUAUUGAAGAAACUUCUGAUUGUUUUGAGACAACGGUGAGAUGUGAUUUGAUGAUGUCUUUGCAUAUUUUGGAGCCCUAAUUGCAAUUCUUGAUGAAAAUCAGGUUCUUUA